AUGGCCUCAAAUCCAAAUCAGCCGGACGAUAACAACGAUUUCGACGAGGAGGAGCAAUAUAUCGAAGCAGAUGAGGUCCUCGCCGAAGUACCAGACACAGAGGACAGACCCAUGGACGAGGAUGACGAAGACGACGAAGUUGGUGACCUACCAGGAAGCUCAACUAUAGACUACGGCACAAAUUGCAUACAACACUUUGCGUCGCACAAUGGCUCCGUCUUUUGCGUAGCGGCGCAUCCGACACAGCCUCUUGCAGCUACUGGUGGAGAAGACGAUUUAGGGUACAUCUGGAACACUUCGAACGGCGAACUGGUCGCCAAAUUGACCGGACACACCGACAGUGUCACGUCCAUCGCAUUCAGCCACGACGGGGAGAUGCUUUCCACUGGCGGUAUGGACGGCAAAGUGAGAAUAUGGCGAAGAGUAGGCAAGGAGCAUUGGAAGACAUGGGAGUUUCUGACGGAGCUUCAAGGACCAGAUGAGGUUAUGUUCCUGAGAUGGCACCCGAAGGGGAAUGUAUUGCUUGCUGGGUCGCAAGAUGCCACCGUCUGGCUAUGGCAGCUGCCGUCAGGAAACACUAUGCAAGUGCUUUCGGGCCACAGUGGUCCUGUACAAUGCGGCGAAUUUACGCCAGAUGGAAAACGAAUUAUCACCGCUUGUGCUGGUGGCGAUCUUAUAUAUUGGGACCCUCGAUCAGACACUCCAGUUUUCAAACGACUGAGCAGUGAAGGGAAGUUCAGCGUCGGAGAGGUGACUAGCAUCGCCAUCAACCCUUCGUCAACUAUCGUCGUUGUCGGCGGGUCCAACGGGCUUACUCGCAUCGUCAGUCUUGUGAAGGGCGACGUCGUUGCGACUUUGACUGGCCAUUCAGAAGCUGAUAGCGUUGAGUCAAUAGCGUUUGUUGACUUGUCCGGGACAUCCAAUGGGCCGCUGGUGCUGAUUACGGGUGGGACUGAUGGCAAGGCUUGUAUAUGGGAUUCAAACACCUGGCGGUUGCGAGGGACACUCAAACAUGAAGAAACGGUGACUGCGAUCUUACCGCUUGCCGCCCCGAAAAGCUACUACGUAGUGACCGCAUCCGCAGACAGAAAUUUGAAGACGUGGGAUGCGCGGACAAGUACGCAGCUAUGCGAACAUGUUGGCCAUCAGGCCUCUGUCUUGGCUGCAGCCUUGGGUGUCAAUGGCACAGUCAUAUCGGCAGGAGAUGAUGGGAUGUGCUUCGUAUUUGCAGCAGAGAACUUCGAAGAAGGAGGUGGAGCGAUGCAGACGGAUUGA